AUGACGAAAGGGCUAAGACAUCCGCUCAUCUAUUCAAAUCGAGCUGGGCUCGACUCCUUAACAGAGAAAUCGAAUUUCACCGACUCGUCACCAUCUGGGAUAUCGAAGCGGACAGCUCUCCAUGUGGAUGUCGAAAAUGCCGAAGAAUUUCUAAUGAAGGCUGAACGUCAAGUUGUCGAAAAGUACGUCGAUAAACUGGAGAGACUCAAAUCCGCUUUGACGACAAAUACAGCACACGGAACGAUUGAAGUAGAUGAUCUACGAUUCCAAUUGGGCUGGACUAGAGUUCUCAACAGAAAAUAUGCGUUUCAAGCACUCGUUGACUUUUGGUUUGUUGACGACAAAGCAAACCUUCAAGAAGAAAUUUCCGAGCUUGCCCUCCUGUUGCCACAUCCAGAGUUUACUCGACAUGCCAAAACUACUCAUGAUACGAGAGUCACGGCAAUCAACUCCUCCUCAUCUCGCGAAGCCCGACUAGUUUUGGCUGAAUCUAUGACAUUCCAAACUGUGCAAAGAGAAAUUGUUUUGCAAGGAUACGAGCAUACUUAUAAAAAUUCGGACGAUAUAGUGAUCCCAACGCUCAAUACUCUUGGCAAAUAUGCAUCCAAGUGGUCAUCCCCCGAAUACUUGGCUCCUUGUACUGAAUUAAUCGGACCAUCAAUGAACGGGAAAACACGACUAUUAAUGGAGUUGUCAAAUCAUGUAUGCGUUGCAUAUAUCUGUGUCCGCCCCAAUGGCUCAAGUGGACACCCGCCGCGAUCCCAAUAUGCCUCUGAAAUACUUCUUGAUACCAACUCCUCAGCUCUACGUCUACAAACUCAAUAUGAAGAUCUGCUUCUUGCCAUUUUCAACGUUGUGGCUGAUUUCUUCCAUGCUCACCAACGGCUGAGCAUGCAAGAAAAGAUGACAAAAUGGAUCUCUCAUAGCUUCCCCAGAAAGAAUCAAGUUGGCGACCCACCCUUUUGGACUGACGUGAAGAAUAAAAUGAAAGAAAUUUCAAAUUCGCCGGAUUCAGAUCCUGACAGGAGUAAGCAAUUUGCACAGGCAUCGGCCAGGCUACAGCAAAAUACCGAUUUCAUCAAGGCAGAAAAUCUCAGGGUGUUACUAGCAAUUGACGAAGCCCGGGAAUUACUCAAGAGCGCCACAUCGUCUGAUUUUUCGUUUUUCCGCAUUUUCCGCCAUGCUCUAAAGAAGAUACCCUAUAAGAGCAACAUUUUUGUUGUCUUUGCUGACACCACCUCUCGCGUUUCAAAUUUCAACCCUCCGGCGCACAAGGAUCCCAUUCACAGGAUCGGCAUGGAAAAUGGAAAAGUAGAAAAGCUUUAUCCACCUAUAUAUGAAAUCCCCACCUUUGAUUUACACGUCGCAGAACCGCCAACAACUUGGUGCCAAUUGCAAUCGGCUUUUCGGCUUUUCUGUUAUGGGUCUCCUUUUUGGAGCUUGUAUGCUGCUGACGCUCAGCGAGAAGGAGUAGCCCACCGUCAAAUUGUGCUCGACUUAAUUCCAUUUGCCCUUCAAAAGCUCCUCUGCACAAGCACAGCGUCAAUCCCAGCCUCUUCCCUGACUGAUCCACAAGCCAUCGCCUUGCUUGGGUCCACUAUACAGCCGCAACUCUAUGGAGCAUCACAACUGAAUUCCAAGCUAGUUUCAAGCCAUGCAGCGCAAUGCAUGUAUAUUGAUCCCUUGCGACAGAUGCUCAUAAGUGAAUAUCCAUCUCAAUUUACGUUUUCUUCGGCGGCCAACGAAUACCUAGCAUAUGAUGAUGAGAGGUUAAUCCGAUGCAUCAAAGUCCUUGCCUCUACACGCCGCCAAGGUCACCUUGGCUCAGGAGAUGCUGGCGAACUUGUCAGCCGUAUCAUUCUACUACGGGCCAUGCAAGUAACCAUGCAAAAAACGCAACCAACUCCAGCUCCAGAUGCCAAUCCGGAAAUGAUUACUAUGCCAUUUGGGCAUUCUGUUGGGUUGCAAGACUUUCUGAAAACAUUAACCGAUUCCCAAGAGGUAGAAAAAUUGAAUCUUGGCACAAUAAGUGAACAAUGUAAAAAGAAGCUCUUAAACGAAGGACACAUAUUUUGGAAUCACUUCAUUUCUGUUGAUCACACACCAACCUCAGCGGACUUAUUGCAAAAACUGUACAGAGGGUUGGCGAUCAAUUGCAAGCCCAAUCAGCCCGGAUUUGAUCAAAUGUUUACAAUCUACCUACAAUCCCAGCCAACAGCAACUCUAGACAAGCAGGGAAUCACGUUUUGCGGUAUUCAGGUCAAGAACCGGAAGCAAAAUGACAAGUUGGAAGAUGACUCUUACAAGUGGACCCCCACCUUUGCAGGAAUCAAACUCAAAGAAGAACACCUGUAUCUUGUGCUGUACCUCAGUCUAAGAGAUGCAAGGCCAAAACCAACAAGCUCCAUCAAAUCACAACCAACUGCAUCACAACCAAGCAGAACGCAACCACCCAGAAAAAAAUCAACCGGAAAACAACCAGCUAGAACCAAUCAAACCACUUCACAACCGCCUCCAUCACAGCCAAACCUCCAGCCAAAAAUUAUCCCGAUACCCCAAGGAACGCUUUCAAAAGAAGAAUCAGAAAGACGGGCAUCUUUGGCAUUCUAUGGGCUGGAUUCCUUCCCUUUUCUAACGCAAGGUCUUGUUGAUGCCUUAGAAGAAUUGUUGGAUGCUUAUCCAAACAUCCAAUUUCUUCAUCAAGAGUCUUCUGGACAGGCUAAAAAAUUUCUCAAGCAGGUCUCUCCAGAGGUUUCUUCUCUAGAGUAGAACCUCUCACCCCCCACCUUAUCAAACAUAGAACACAAAAGUUGGGUAUAUAGCUGUAUUUGAUAAUGACAGUUUUCUUUGUUCCUGGUGCCCAUUGUUGAUACUUGAGCCU